AUGGAUGUUGAAAGAAAGAAAAAUUUUAUAAAUAAAGAUACGAGUGUCUCUAAAGCUAACAUAAAGGACAUUUUGCAAAAUUCAAAUUAUAUUGAGAAUUAUAUAAAUUAUUCAUUACAAGAUGAUGAAAAUAAUUUAAACGUUGCCAGUAAAAGAAAAGGCUCGAGUGAACAUAAAGUUGGUAGUGGUGAAAUAAAUACGCAACUGAAAAAACUGAUUGAGCAUUUGUACAGUCUUAAGUUCACAUUGGAAAAAGAAAAAAAAAGGCAGAAACGUAAAAAGAAAAAUAUGUUCAAUGAUAAAAGCAGAGAUGAGGAAAAGAAAAAAGAAAAGGAAAAAUGUGUUAAUAAUCAAAUAAACAAUAUUCAAGUAAAAAAUGAACAAGGGCAAAUUCACGAAAAAAAAAAAAAAAUCUUCAAUAGCUGCAAAUUAGUUAGAAAAUAUCUUGAAAGAGAAAGCUUAGCUGCUAGUUCAGUCCCACACCUAAUGAAGACAAUCGAAAUUUACAAAAACAAAAAUGUAGAGGAGAAAAAAUGUCAGAAUUAUAUAAUUACAAAAUACGAAAAUGUAUUGAGAAAUAUGAAAAGGAAGCAUAUCAACGAAAUUAGUGAAAUCAAAAAUAAUGUCCUUCAGGAUGUUGACUUCUUAAUACAAAAAUACCGAAAUGUGUCACUCGAACUACUACAAAUUAGCAAAAAGAAGGAAGUAGAAAAAAGAGAAGAGAAAAAAAGAAUUACUGAAAUAUGUAUUAGUGCCUGCAAAAGAUUCGAGGAAGAUGUGAAGAAAAAGGCAAAGGCGUCACUGCAAAGCCAUUUAUCAGAAAUUACUAAGUCGAUUAGCGGCAUUAAGAAGGAAAAGGAAAAUCUAGAAAAAAAAUUGGUCGAGUUAAAUCAAAAAAUGGAUGAACAGAAACAUAAAACUGAAAAAAAAGCAUUUGACGUUUUUGAAAAUAAAAUAAAGGAAGAACGAGCGUUAAAUGCAGAACUUAGAAAGAGACUGUCCCUCGAGAGGGAGCAACAAAAAAUUCUCAUUACAGAUCUUUAUUCAAAGAUUGAUAUUCAAAUCAAGAAAUAUGAAGAGAGCAUUAUAAUCAUUUUUCAAAAUUUUCUUCUAAACAACAAUAUUACCAUGGGCAUAGGUGAAUUGUCAAAGUACAUUAAGGAAGCCAUGUGCUUACAAUAUAGGCAUGACCACUUAAGCAAUGAUGUCAUAAAUGAGGUAAUAAAUUCGAAUCGUUCUAAUUUUUAA